CCCGGGGCCGCGGCGACUGGUUCCAGUUCCCUCGGCAGCGGAGCCGGGCGGAGGGGGCGAGCGCGGCGCGUCGGGCGGGAAGCGAGGAGGCGGGCCGGCCAGCGGGCAGCGCUGAGAGAGCAGGCCAGCGGCCGAGAGGGCGCGGGCCGGACACCUCGCCGUGGGCGCCGCCGCCGCCGAGCCGCCCCCGUGCUUACUGAUCCACCUCCAGGGCCACUGCCAUGUCGAGCCGGGGUGGGAAGAAGAAGUCCACCAAAACCUCCCGGUCCGCCAAGGCGGGAGUCAUCUUCCCUGUGGGGCGGAUGCUGCGGUACAUCAAGAAAGGCCACCCCAAGUACAGGAUUGGAGUGGGGGCACCUGUGUACAUGGCUGCCGUUCUAGAGUACCUGACAGCGGAGAUUCUGGAGUUGGCUGGCAAUGCAGCAAGAGACAACAAGAAGGGCCGGGUCACGCCACGGCACAUCCUGCUGGCCGUGGCCAACGACGAAGAGCUCAAUCAGCUGUUAAAAGGAGUCACCAUAGCCAGUGGGGGCGUGUUACCAAACAUCCACCCAGAGUUGCUAGCAAAGAAACGAGGAUCCAAAGGGAAAUUGGAAGCCAUCAUCACGCCACCCCCAGCCAAAAAGGCCAAGUCUCCAUCCCAGAAGAAGCCUGUAUCUAAGAAAGCAGGAGGCAAGAAAGGGGCCCGGAAAUCCAAGAAGAAGCAGGGAGAAGUCAGCAAGGCAGCCAGCGCAGACAGCACGACCGAGGGCACGCCGGCCGAUGGCUUCACAGUGCUGUCCACCAAGAGCCUAUUCCUUGGCCAGAAGCUGAACCUUAUUCACAGUGAAAUCAGUAAUUUAGCCGGCUUUGAGGUGGAGGCCAUAAUCAAUCCUACCAAUGCUGACAUUGACCUUAAAGAUGACCUAGGAAACACGCUGGAGAAGAAAGGUGGCAAGGACUUCGUGGAGGCCGUUCUGGAGCUCCGGAAGAAGAGCGGGCCCUUGGAAGUAGCUGGAGCUGCUGUUAGUGCCGGCCACGGCCUGCCGGCCAAGUUUGUGAUCCACUGUAACAGUCCAGUGUGGGGUGUGGACAAGUGUGAGGAACUUCUGGAAAAAACAGUGAAGAACUGCUUGGCUCUGGCAGAUGAUAAGAAGCUCAAGUCCAUUGCAUUUCCGUCUAUUGGCAGCGGCAGGAACGGUUUUCCGAAGCAGACGGCAGCUCAGCUCAUUCUGAAGGCCAUCUCCAAUUACUUCGUGUCAACAAUGUCCUCUUCCAUCAAGACAGUGUAUUUCGUGCUUUUUGACAGUGAGAGUAUAGGUAUCUACGUGCAGGAAAUGGCCAAGCUGGACGCCAACUAGGCUGAGGACCUCCAGAACCAGCCCACACCGUGCCCCCGCCUCCAACUUGAAUGAAAGAAAAGAAAAAAAAAAUCCCUCUCACUCCUACUGGGAGGCGGGAACCCUUUCAUUUUCGAUUUUGCUCAUCUAGGGAAAAUAAGGUUUUGGUUUCCAGUUUAAUUGUUUUUGACCUUCUAAAAUGUUUUUGCGUUAGCACUGAUAGUUGGCAUUACUGUUGUUAAGCACUGUGUUCCAGAGCGUGUCUGACUUUAGUGUAACCUAGGAGAUUUUAUAGUUUUAUUUUAAUGAAAUCCUGCUUGGCACCGAGCAGUGGGGAGAGCAGAGUCUCCUACAUGUGGCAGAAUCCAGGAAGCCCGUCCCGUAACCGUGUGUCGUGGUGCUUUAUCGUACACCCAGUGGCGUUCUUUUUACUAUAAUGUUCCUUUUUGUCUCAAGAAGAAAAGUCAUGAAUUUGCAGCAGACUUAAUUUUUGUUUACUUUUUGUCCUAAUGAUAGAUUUGAAAAUGAAAGAUUUAAAAGGCAGAACAGAAUCUGUUGUCCUUAAUUAUAUUUGCAAUUUGAAAUUUGUGUGAAUUGAUUUAGUAAAAUGUUAAACUGUU